UCCUUGCUCGUCGUGAGGCGUCCUUCCUCCCUGGAACCUGCCGCGACACACGAGAACACGAGCCACCAGCGCCCUAGAACGCACCCCCAUUCCUAGUAUCGACGGCCGCAACCCGCCAGAACUCACACGCCUCCAUUGACUUUUAGCGGCGACUCAGACGGUACCUAGUCGCGAAGUCGCGAACUCUCGCGAGUUGUACGAGGCUCCAUUACCCGUUUCGUGAAGCCGCGCAACCGCCAUGGCUUUGGGACAAUGGAGCUCAAAGGUUAGGGACAAUGUAGUUUAACACAGCCAACCAGGAGCAGGGAUGUGGCCAGCGACACAUAGGCGAGGAGCAGCGAAUUCUCGACAGGACUAGUCGUCGUGGAAACUGAAGUGGAUACAGCUUUUAAGUUGGACUAUUAUUCUUUACAUUGGAUUGCGUUAGAUCUGGUGACCGAAUUUAGGGUGUCACCGCAGGCGAGGUGGUGGUGAGCAGCAGGCGCAGACGAUGACGACGACCGAGGUUCGUGACGGCGACCGUCAAGUUCGUCACGGCGAUCGUCUUGCUCGUGACGGCAACAAUCUUACUCGUGACGGCGACGGUAUUGUUCGUGACGGCGACGGUAUUGUUCGUGACGGCGACGGUAUUGUUCGUGACGGCGGCAGUCAUGUUCGCAAGGCAGGGGGGGAUGUGGAAGGAAGGGGGGAAGAGGGAGAUCAUUCGAGAGAAGGGCGGGAGGAGGAAGACGGAGGAAGAGAAAGAGGCGGAGGGGAAAAGGGAAGAAGAGAUGUUGGGGAGGAAGAAAGUGGAGGAGCAAGAGGAGAAAGAGGAGGAGAAGAAGAGGAAGGGGGAGGAGGAGAAGGAGAGGAAGGGGGAGGAGGAGAAGGAGAGGAAGGGGGAGGAGGAGAAGGAGAGGAAGGGGGAGGAGCAGAAGGAGAGGAAGGGGGAGGAGGAGAAGGAGAGGAAGGGGGAGGAGGAGAAGGAGAGGAAGGGGGAGGAGGAGAAGCAGAGGGUUCGAGGGGGCGAGGGACUCGUCCAGAGAAACGGGGGGAUGAGGCGGUAGAGGGGGGUGGAGUGGAACAGAGGGAGGAGAGAGGGGAAGCAGAGAGAGGGGAGGAGGAGGAGAAGGAGAAGGAGAAAGUGGAAGAGGAGGAAGAAGAGGAGGAAGAGGAGGAAUACGUAUAUUUGGACUUGAGCCAAGCGGUUAGAAGGUUGCCACGAAACUGUCGACUCAUUCUUGAGAAUCUGGAUUCGGAGGCGCCAACACUGCACCUGCCAGAUGGCAGCAUGCUGGUUGGGAGCUAUGAGGAGACUCUCGGUUCCUGCCUCUUCUUUCAAGAGUCUCUUGUGCAUGGUGCUGCUGCCCCUUCCACCAACACAUCAGCCCAAUCCACUGCCACAGCUAGUGCUGCUCAUCCACCAUUAGGAGGCGAAGCAACCGCAGGGAAGCAAGAUGGGGCAAUGGAAGGGGAGCGGAAGAGGAAAAGAUGUGUUAAAUACAUUGGUAGAACAGAGCUUAAGCUGGUGUUUAGGAAACUCUCCUGAAUGCAUUUUUUUCUCACUAGUUAAGCAAGAUAAAAGUUAUCAUAGGUC